ACGUUUCAAAAUGAUGCUCUUAUCUGUCUCUGCCUCACAAAGAGGAUAUCCUUUUUAUUUACACAUUCUUCUUCUUCAGAUUCCCUCUACACAGAGAAAAUAAAAAUCUGAUUUUUUUUUUCUUCAUCUGACGUUACUGUUUUAAUCUGUUUCUACGAGACCCAAAUUGUCGAAAACUAUUAAUUUAAGAGAAAAAAAAAGAAAAAAGAUGAACCUUUCUUCUUCUUCUUCUUCUUCUUCUCUCUCUAUAAAUCUGAAUCCAACUCAUCCUCAUUUUCUUCCUAGCACGACCACCACAAACACAAACACUUGUUCUUCUUCUUUUGUUAGCUCCCCUGUCUCCCUCGGUGCUUGUUGUCCCCGCAGAUCAUCAUCCAUUAGCUUGAUUCGCAAGAAAAGUCAAAGUUUAUUGAUUUCUGCAUCUUCUGGGUCCAACGAUAUGACUAUUACUGAAGCUAGAGGGGAAGGUGAGGAAUCGGAGAUUGAAGCUCCACUUCUCGAUCCCGAGUCAUACUCCAAGCCCAGGAGAAUUGCUCUCUUCGUUGAGCCUUCUCCCUUCGCAUAUGUGUCAGGAUACAAAAACAGAUUCCAGAACUUCAUUAGAUAUCUACGUGAAAUGGGAGACGAGGUUAUAGUGGUGACUACACAUGAAGGUGUUCCAGAAGAGUUCUAUGGAGCCAAAGUCAUUGGAUCUAGAAGCUUCCCUUGUCCCUACUACCAGAAGGUUCCUCUCUCGCUUGCCCUUAGUCCAAGAAUUAUCUCCGAAAUUGCUCGCUUUAAGCCUGACAUUAUUCACGCUUCUUCUCCUGGGAUUAUGGUAUUUGGUGCUCUGGCGAUAGCAAAAAUGCUAUCUGUACCAAUAGUCAUGUCUUACCACACGCACGUCCCUGUAUACAUUCCAAGAUACACUUUUAGUUGGUUGGUCCAACCAAUGUGGUCAAUAAUCAGAUUUCUUCACCGAGCGGCUGAUCUUACUUUAGUUCCUUCCGCAGCCAUUGGAAAAGAUCUUGUAGCAGCUGGUGCAACUGCAGCUAAUCAACUUCGACUGUGGAAUAAGGGUGUCGAUUCAGAAAGCUUCAAUCCCCGUUUCCGCUCUCAAGAAAUGCGUAUAAGGCUAAGUAAUGGUGAACCAGAAAAGCCUCUAGUGAUCCAUGUAGGACGUAUUGGCGUAGAAAAGAGUUUGGAGCUUCUAAAAAGUGUAAUGGACAAAUUGCCUGAAGCUCGGAUUGCUUUCAUUGGAGAUGGACCAUACAGAGAGGAUCUUGAGAAGUUGUUCACCGGAAUGCCAGCGGUUUUCACUGGAAUGCUACAAGGGGAGGAACUCUCACAAGCUUACGCGAGCGGAGAUGUGUUUGUGAUGCCAUCAGAGUCAGAGACGCUUGGCCUUGUGGUUCUUGAGGCCAUGGCUUCAGGACUUCCUGUUGUUGCAGCUAGAGCUGGUGGAAUCCCUGAUAUCAUCCCUGAAGAACAGGAGGGCAAAACCGGGUUCUUAUUCAACCCUGGAGAUGUGGAAGACUGCGUGACGAAGCUGAGAACUUUGUUGGAAGACAGUGAAACAAGAGACAUCAUUGGAAAAGCGGCAAGAGAAGAGACGGAGAAGUAUGAUUGGAGAGCAGCAACGACGAAGAUACGCAAUGAGCAGUACGGAGCAGCGAUAUGGUUCUGGAGGAGGAAGAAAGCUGAGCUUUUGGGACCACUCAAUUGGUUGGUUAAACGACUGUUUCCUGUGCCUCCGGAAGUUAACGCAAUCAAAGGUUGAUUUGGUUGAAAUGAUGUUUACUUUGGUUCAUCUUUAUAUAUAAACUUGGAUUGCUUAUGUGUUUAUGAAAAACUUGAUGUUGUUCAUAUAUGUCUUGUCUAGUGGACUUUGGCCUUUAGGGUUUUAAUAUUUUCGGAU